AACCAUUAAUCCCCAUCAAUUAACUACCAAACAUAUCUUAAAGUAGUCCCCGCAACUGGCGGUCAGGUGAAAAAUGCAGCACGAACGCCAAAGAGUCCUUGGUAUCCAGGCAACCUCUCAUCACAAAACCAAACCAAGAACAAGAACAAGAACUCCCACAUCAAAUCUCAAUUUGUACUUAAACCCAAAUUCCUCUCUUAGAUCUGAAUUUUUCUCAUAUUGAUUCACAGCUUGCUGACUGAAAACUAGAAACUGAGUCAAACCAUCCCCUCAAUCGAAUCUUAGAAGAAAGCCAUGAAAUUCUCAGGUCGAUUGUUCACAAUCGUGCUUGUAAUAUCAUGGUAUUCGUCUAAUAUUGGGGUGUUGUUAUUGAACAAAUAUUUACUGAGCAAUUACGGAUUCAAAUACCCAAUCUUCCUCACAUUGUGUCACAUGCUGGCGUGCUCCACGUUCAGCUACGCUGCCAUUUCUUGGCUCAAAAUCGCGCCAAUGCAGUCAAUCAGAUCGCGCUUGCAAUUGAUGAAGAUAACUGCACUUGGCCUCAUAUUCUGUUUGUCUGUUGUGGGUGGCAAUAUAUCUCUCAAGUACUUGCCUGUAUCGUUUAAUCAGGCGGUCGGAGCCACGACACCGCUUUUCACGGCGGUGUUCGCUUACAUUAUGACCCUGAAAAGGGAGGCUUGGGUUACCUAUUUCACUCUUGUUCCUGUUGUUACUGGUGUUAUCAUUGCCAGUGGGGGAGAGCCAAGUUUCCAUCUCUUUGGAUUCAUAAUGUGUGUUGGUGCAACAGCAGCUCGAGCUCUCAAAACAGUGCUUCAAGGGAUUUUGUUGUCUUCUGAUGGGGAAAAACUUCAUUCUAUGAACCUCCUGAUGUACAUGGCACCAGUGGCUGUUAUAUUCCUUGUUCCUACAGCACUUAUUAUGGAAAAAAACGUGGUCGGGAUCACGAUUGCCCUCGCAAGAGAUGAUUGGAAGUUUUUAUUGUAUCUUACCUUCAAUUCUGCUCUUGCAUAUUUUGUGAAUUUGGCAAAUUUCUUGGUCACAAAGCACACCAGUGCCCUCACACUACAGGUUUUGGGAAAUGCAAAAGGAUCUGUUGCCGUGGUCAUCUCAAUUUUGAUUUUCAGGAAUCCAGUAUCAGUGACUGGCAUGCUUGGAUACUCUCUUACUGUAAUCGGUGCCGUUCUUUACAGUGAAUCUAAGAAACGGAGCAAAUGAGACAUUAUGCAGACCACCAGAUC